CCGUCGUUGUUAUAACAUCACGCACGCGUUUAUUGUUAGAAAGAAGUGUGUCUAGUCGUGAAUUUAUACUCAAUAGUACGGGACUUAAAUUUUCUUUGUGUAUCUCUACUUUGCUUCGAAAAUUGAAGAGAAAACUUCGAUUGUUUCUGGAUGUGAAAGGUGCGUGGUUUAAGUGAUCAACUAAACAAUUAAAAAGUUCGAGCUAGGUCAAACUAACAAAACUUUCGCAAUGAGGAAGCUAUCAAAUUUUUAGAAUUGGUUUCUGUUCACUGUGGAACUCGUCACAGUGACAGAAAUAAUUCUUUCGACAUAUAAAUCUGGUAAUUCCAGAUUGACCACUUGCAUCAACAUUAUUGACACUAUGAGACGGACUGCUUGAUAACCACACUUAUUCAUUUAAUAAGAUGUAACCGUGACAGGCACAUAAUGACGAAGGUUUCUAACCUACGACACAAAUUUUAAAAACAAGUUGUUCCUAUAAAGCUUAAUUUAUGUUUAUUGGCAAGAACUAGCGAUAUAACGCAGUAAAAAAGAUAAAUUUAACUUUUAAUAAAUUAAUGUUACAUAAGAUUUAACAAAUCUUAAUAAUUGUUUUAUAUGACUAAGUUUUAUAUUACUAAGAAAAACUAUAUUUACUAAAAAAGAACUCGUAAUUGUGAUACAAGAAAUCUAGUCUAUACGAAUUUCGAAAUUCGUUGCUCAACUGAUUAAUAAGGAUUGACUAAAAAAAGUGCUCUUGUCGAGGGUGUACAAGAAUAAUCGAAUUAAAUGGGAGACACAUGUAAUAUCGGAAUGGUAUCUUACUAUAAUUCUCUUGCGAUGCUUUGCCAACAACAAGUACCUGGCCAGCAGCCACUUCCACAACAAAUACCACAAAAUAAUUCUGUACAACAUAAUUCGGCACCAAAUAAUUCUGAAUUAAGUAAUUCUACACAACAUAAUUCUACACAACAUAAUUCCACGCAACAUAAUUCUACGCAACAUAAUUCUACGCAACAUAAUUCUGCGCAACAUAAUUCUGCGCAACAUAAUUCUGCGCAACAUAAUUCUGCGCAACAUAAUUCUGCGCAACAUAAUUCUGCACAACAUGGUCCGCAACAAACAAACACCACAGCCGACGGAGGUCAGCAAUAUUGGUAUAGUUAUCCACAUGAGCAUCCACAUGGAUCUUCACAUGGAUCUUCACAUGGAUCUUCACAUGGAUCUUCACAUGGAUCUUCACAUGGAUCUUCGCAUGGAUCUUCGCAUGGAUCUUCACAUGGAUCUUCACAUGGACAUCCACACACAUAUCCACAUAUGCAUACAUAUACACAAAGACAUACACAAACACUUACACAAAUGCUUACACAAACACAACCUCAAGCACAACCUCAAGCACAAGCACAUACACAAAUACAAGCACAAACACAUACACAAGUACAAGUACAAGCACAAGCACAUACACAUCCAAAUACACAUGCACAUACGUUCCCACAUACACUUCCUCAAACAUUUUCUCAUACACUUCCUCAAACAUUUUCACAUACACUUCCGCAAACUUUUUCACAAACACUUUCACAUGCGCUUCCGCAAACGCUUACACAAACUUUUUCACAUACACUUCCGCAAACACUUGCACAUACACUUCCGCAAACACUCGCACAUGCACAUACACAAACACUUUCGCAAGGACUUUCACAUACACUUCCACAAACACUUGCACAUACACUUCCGCAAACACUCGCACAUGCACAUACACAAACACUUUCGCAAGGACUUUCACAUACACUUCCACAAACACUUGCACAUGCACAUACACAUCCCCAUGGAUAUCCACAUGUCCAUUAUCAAUCAACUGCACAACAAUAUUUGGAUCCGGCAGAGAUGAUUCCUAAUUGGCCGCCUCCUCACGCUUACCCGUACUCACACAUUCAUCAGUAUCAGUAUCACCAGUACCAACAGGCUCAGCUGGCAGGAUUAAAUGAUUGGGGUAAUGAAGCAAGUGGUCCUGUUAUAACUGAAGAAACAAGCCCUCCCAUUACUGCCAGCGGGAGCGAAGUUAGUAAUCCAGAGACUUCGUCUACUCCACCAAGGAAUAACGGCAGCAGUAAUGUUACGAAUAGUAAAAAUAUUACACCGUCUAGCACUAGCAAUAGUGGGAACAGUAUUAAUAGCGCGACAUCGAUGAGAGCCGCGCAGAUCAGAAGUCCCUACGAGUGGAUGAAGAAGACUUCCUACCAGUCUCACCCCAAUCCUGGAAAAACCCGAACUAAAGACAAAUACAGAGUGGUCUACACAGAUCAUCAGAGGUUGGAGCUUGAAAAGGAGUUUCACUAUAGCCGUUACAUCACAAUUCGCCGCAAAGCUGAACUCGCAGCUAAUCUUGCGCUCUCGGAACGUCAAGUCAAAAUCUGGUUCCAAAAUCGUCGCGCAAAAGAACGAAAACAAGUUAAAAAGCGCGAAGAAUUGGAACAGAAAGAGUUAAGAGCGGCAGAUGCAGUACCGAAUAAUGCAAUGGCUAAUCUAACGAUUGGAGGAUUAGCCGAAAUGGGUGGAAUGAUUGGUUAUCAAGGCAGUCCGCCGUCUCCUCGUCCCGGACCAUCGCAUCCAGUCAUUUAAGGUGCGUGAUAGCUGCUGUCCACCCAAGUAGCCAUUCCCAUUUGCGGAGGGGUUGUGACCUAGUGCCGUCGAUUACAGAAGUUUCGUCCAAUUUCGGAAACUCCAUCUAACGCAUGCUGGUAAGAGGACGCAUGAAUUGAAGUGACCGGCAUAAAA